AUGCGUGCACGUAUACUGGGCCAGUAUUCGUUGAGCUGUCGAACGAUGUUCUGCGGGUUGGGUGUUGCGUGGGGGGGAGGUCAGGUGAGACUGGUCAUGGAGGAAUUUCGGCUGCGACCCGGUUCCGGAAUGCAGCACACGCGCACGCGCAGUGCGUGGGGGGAAGGGGCGCUGCACCGAGUUGCGCAAAGUGCCGCGGCAACGGUCAACGGCGGCAUAGAG